AUCGCUUGGGCCUGCUCUGUCCUUCCACUGGACUUCGUCUCCUUCUCUUCCUGUGGAACGACAUGACUCCUGAGAUUGACCUCGUCAUAGCCUUCCGCGCCACGCGGAAGACCAGCCUCGUGAAGAGACAAGCGCAGGCAGACGCACGCAAAGCCGAGGAACAGUACACGCGCCUCAUCAAGACUCUGACUGAGGCGGGGUUACGCGCGGUGGGGCGGCGGGGGGAGUCCCUGGGCCAUCUACUUGUGUUUGUGUCCUGUCCCAAGUCGCUGCUGCAGACACUGGUGCGGCGCGAAAGGCAGUCCGACUUUCUGCAUGGACUACCCGCGACCUCCCUGACGAAAGGAGAAGGAGGUCUUGACGAGGACGAGGACGAGGAUGGGCGACGGCUUUCGCCAGCAGAACGCAUCCGCCUGGUCCAUGCGUACAUCGCGUCCAUGCCCUCGGAUGGGGGACUGGGUGUCUCUCCUGACUCGUCGCAGUGGGAUCUUGUCGAGUCUAUCAUGGCUCUGCACGACAAGGAGUUCAAUGAGCACUGGGUGCAUGCAUGGACGCACAGCCGAUAUGUCUCCGUCAAGCAGGAGCACCUGCGGGAGCAGUUCGGCGACUCCGUUGCGCUCUAUUUCUCAUUCCUCAACUCGUAUACACAGGCGCUUGUGUUCCCUGCGGCGCUGGGCGUGUUCUAUUUCUUCUUCGGCACUCCUUAUUCGCCGGUGUACUCGGUGCUUUUGGUUCUGUGGUCAGUGGUAUUCGUCGAGUGGUGGCGCAUACGGGAACGGAUCCUGUCGCUGCGGUUUGGGACGCGAGGCUCCUUCCGUGUCGAGAAACGAAGAGCGCAGUACAUCGAGGGAAUGCCGUGGUGGAAACACGAGCUACGGAUGGUGGCUGGACUGCCGGUCAUCCUGUUAUUCGCUGGCAUCCUCGCGGCUACUCUCACGGCCAUCUUUGUCUUUGAGGCCUUUGUGACCCAGCUCUACACCGGUCCAGGACACAAAUACAUCUCAUUCAGUCCCACGAUUCUCUUUGCUGCACUCGUCCCGCGCCUCAUUUCUCUGUACCAGAUGAUCAUGACACGUCUCACCAAAUGGGAGAAUCAUGCACACCAGUCCUCGCACGCGGCUUCCCUGACGCUGAAGACAUUCGCGCUCGGUGCACUCGUGUCGUAUCUCGGACUGGCAUUGAGCGCGUUCGUCUACGUGCCUUUUGGUGAAGGCAUCAUGCGUGCCGUGCAAGCCUAUCUCUGGUCGGCAGAAACCGGCGACUUCUCCCCAGCGGCGGAUGCCGCCUCCGGGGCCAAGAACGUGACAAUGACAACGCGAAUGUGGAACAUCGACACAUCGAGUGUCGGCCAGAAACUCAACGCGCGUCGGCUACGGGAUCAGAUGUUUGCGUACACGGUGACCAAUCAGGUGGUCAACACGUUCAUGGAAAUCGGGCUCCCGUUUGUUUUGCGGGGUGUCCAAUCGUUCCGGAAGAAUGGAAAUGGAAAAACAGACAAGGGCAAGAAGCGCGUCGUUUUCGAGGACGAACAGGAGAAAGGAGGGCAAGAGGAGAGGGAUCUUCUCGAACAAGUGCGGCAGCAGGUGGAGCUGCCGGAGUACGGGACGUUCGAAGAUUACAGUGAGAUGGUGACCCAAUUUGGCUACGUCGCAUUGUGGUCUACGAUCUGGCCGCUUGCCCCAGUCAUGGCGCUUGUGAACAAUUUCUUCGAGCUCCGUUCGGACGCGUUCAAGAUCACAGUCCAUAAUCGUCGCCCACUUCCUGCAAGGACAGACACGAUCGGACCCUGGCUGGACACACUGUCGUUUUUGACGUGGCUCGGUGCUUUGACGAACUCGGCGCUGGUCUAUCUCUUCUGUCCGCGCUCCCAGAACCACUGCCACGCUAUCUCAGCUUCCCCGAACACACUGGAUCGUGUGCAUCAGCAUAUCAUGUCGGCGGCCGGGGUUCCUGGUGUUGAGAGCGGGUCGACAGGCGGCUCUGCGGCGACACGCGAGCUACUCGGCACGGCCCUUCUGAUUGCUCUGGCCGCAUCUCAUGGCUACAUCCUGGUCCGGGCCAUCGUCCGCCGGCUCAUGGAGAAGGCGAUGUGGAAUGCCAGCUCUGAUGUUCGGCGGAUGGAAAGCGAGGAGCGGGAAGUGAAAGCGAGAUUCCUUGCCGCCGUCUCGUUCAAAGAAAACGAACUAGCUGACACUUCGGGAGAACUCGACGUGUUUUGGGAGAACGAUGAAGGGCUACAGGAGAUCCAGCGUAUCACCAAAUCGGCCUAAGUAAUCAUGCAUGCACCUUUAAUUAUAAUCUUCUGAUACGAACUUUGUUGUGUGUGCUAGACUUGUGUACCUCGUAAUGAUAAUUUGGAGACCUCAGUCAGUCACUGUGCAAGUCUCGAGACGAGUCACUCUGUCUGCUUCCGUCGCUCAACUCGAAACAAUGCAAAGGGUCAUGAGGGAACAGGCGCCAAAGGCCACAAUCAAAGCAAGGCCCUCUGCUGAUCCAGAUCGGGAAACGGGGAGCACUUCAUUGUUUCGACGGUCCUCAUUGUCAUGCUAUAUAAGUAGAGAAAUGACCUUUGCACGACCACCUAGUUCUUCAUCUUGAUUCGAUGGAAGAGCAGACUGCUUACCCAGGGACGGACGGGCGAGCUUCGUUUCGCAACUGGGAGUUUGCGCAGGCAUCUUACGCGCAUGUCUCCAACUCAAGACGCGACAGGAACCUCCAAGGCAAUCAGUGGCAACACUUGAAUGACAUCGAAGUGUUUGAAGGGGAUCCGGUCCAUUUGGCCGCAUCAGCAUCAGACGCGCCGUGCGAGACGAUCGCGGCUUUUAGGACCUCUAUGAGCUGGGAGGAGUUGGAGACAGCUGUCGGUUGGGAAAGGGUACACUCGAGUAGAGCCAAGUCUGCCGAUGUAGACGAGGAGGAAAUUACGAGCACCAAAAGUGUUUCAGCCGAUGUCGGCAUAUAUACAGUAUCAGAAACAUCCCGACCGAGUUCUAGAUGUCCGGGCCAAGAUGCUAUCCAAGUGCACGAGUCGGCUGAGCCAGUAAGACCGCCGGAAGAGCAAGCUUCUAGUCCACCUUUUGUGGAAGUUUCGUUCGAUUGGGACGAAUACAUCACCUGGGAAUAGGGUUUGCUCUCUAUAGUAGCUCAAAGGCGUCGUCCUCGAGUGCUGUGGAAUAAUGAUUGACUUACUUGGUCACCCGACGUCGAGUCUGAUCUCUGAUCUCACGUCACUCAAGGGUAUAUAAUUCUUGCUUUGAGAAUGAUGCAUAUUGUACCCUAUUGUACCUGUACUUAACUGUUGAACCAGCCAUUGGUGAUUUACCUAUUUGGGUGAAGAAGUGUUGAAUCGAUGAUUGGUAUUGCUUGGCUUUGAGCUAUGUCACUGGAUCGGAGUCAUCAGACCGAAUCAGUUCCUCCGUCCCAGUCUCUUUCUAUCACUGCAACGUCAACUUCCAAGGUCCUCACAGAAUGCCCGACGCGCUUUUGUUACCGCCUCCCAUCCACGCGAUACCCAUGUUCCGCCACGAUUCUACAGCAAGCGCCGAGUCCACGCUGGAGUCGCCGCUCCUCACGCCUACGGACGAACGCGAUAUGUCUCUCGACUCGCUGGGCGAUAGAUUCGCAAGUUUGGAUCUGUCGGACGGCGUCGCGAUCUCGGGAGCCCCCAAUCGUACGCCAAGACGACUGAGCCUCACCCGCCAGUUCUCAAAAGCCUUGGACGACGCAAACAAGAGUACGUCGCCCAACGGAAUGUCUUUCAAGCCCAAGUCGAAUGUUCUCGAGCCAAUUCUUCUUGGUAGUCCGCUCAGGAGCAGAGAGGCCCGGAACGUUCAGAUGCCGCCAUCGCAAUCGAACGCUUUUGACGAGCCGUGCGAGCCUCUCAAUGAAGGCAAGGAGACUCUCCCUACGCGCAUAAUCGAAUUUCAAGUCCAAUCUUCCCGACGAUACAACGACGAGAACCAGCAACCUGAUUUACAAUCUGUCGGUGAAUCAUCUUGCAUAGCAGUGGCGACUGACGGGGCUUUGAAGACACCCGUCGUUCGAGUCCCCCCGCGUAACGACGUUUUCUUUUCCGUACCGGGCCCCACUGUGGUCACGCCAGACGGCCAUCCCACGGACGAGAUUGAGUUCACCCCUCGAGCGCACUCUACUCUACGCCUCAGACGGGGCUUCCAUGAAAUUGACGAUGACGUCACAAAAGUAGAAACCGAGUUCAACGAUCUGGAAACGAAACUGCCUGAAGACCACCCUAUCGACAUCAUUGCUUCCGCUGCGACUGCCUCCGGAGACGCUCUGGAGAUCGAGAAUCCUGAAGCGAUCAACGAAAACGAUGCUGAUGUUCAAGAAGAACUUAUAGAAGAGUCCAUCUUUGCUCAACUCUCUCCACUCUUCCCAUUGCAAGCUGCCUUCUUUCCGCUCUGGUGUGUCUGCGUUGGGGCUGCCAUACUUCUUGCUCCGGAACAUCUGACUGCGAUUGCCUUCCCUUCUUCUGUCCGAUCCACUGCUGAUUCUUCUGUCAUCAAGUCUGUUCAAUCUCUGUGCACGGCUCUGUUUCCAUACGCAGCUCCUUCGACCCGGAUCCGCGCUUUGGCUCACUGGGCUUCGGUUGCCCAUCUCCAUGUCUGGAUCUUCUUGACUGCUUUGGCGGCAAUCGGGUUCCUGUAUCCGCCGGCUGGGACAUUGCUCGCCGCGCUUUCGACUGCCCAAUUCUGGCAAGCAUGGGGUGAUUUCAAGGUCGACGACGACUGCGCGGAGCUGGGUGCGGAUAUGCGACAGAUGCUGUACCAGAUUCUGCUCACCCCGGAGUCGGGAUUCCGCGAUGGCGACGUUCUCAAGCGUCAAGGCGGCCACUAUGUGAGAGAGCGUGCGCCCAAAGUGGAGACACGGGCUGAAAUUCUCGCGGCGGGGGGACUGAAUGAGGAAUACGAAUCUGAGGAUGAAAUGUGA